GCCAACCUUGAGUGAAAAAGCCAAACAAGAGCACAAGGCCCUGAUUUCAAGCCCCAGUACUGACUUGAGAAAGAAAUCUAGUUGGAAGCCCCUGGCUGAAGGAAGAGAGGCAGUGGGCUGUAAAAUGGCUUUGAACCAAAAUUUCAGCACCCCUGCAGGCAGCAGCAGCAGUUCUCAUCCCUGGAUGACAAGCCCCAGUUUCCGGGGGCCUCCGCCGAGUUCGUAGACAAACUGGACUUCAUCCAGCCCAAUGUCAUCUCCGGAAUCCCCAUCUACCGCGUCAUGGACCGCCAGGGCCAAAUCAUCAACCCCAGCGAGGACCCCCAUCUGCCCCAGGAGGAGGUACUCAAGUUCUACAGGAGCAUGACGCUGCUCAACACCAUGGACCGAAUCCUUUAUGAGUCCCAGCGGCAGGGCCGGAUCUCCUUCUACAUGACCAACUACGGCGAGGAGGGGACCCACGUGGGGAGUGCCGCUGCCCUGGACAGCACAGACCUGGUGUUUGGCCAGUACCGGGAGGCAGGUGUGCUGAUGUACCGCGAGUACCCCCUGGAACUCUUCAUGGCUCAGUGCUACGGCAACAUGAGCGACCCCGGCAAGGGGCGCCAGAUGCCCGUGCACUAUGGCUGCAAGGAGCGCCACUUUGUCACUAUAUCCUCUCCACUGGCCACGCAGAUCCCUCAAGCUGUGGGAGCGGCCUAUGCGGCCAAGCGGGCCAACGCCAACCAGGUGGUCAUCUGUUACUUUGGAGAGGGGGCGGCCAGCGAGGGCGAUGCCCACGCCGGCUUCAACUUCGCCGCCACCCUCGAGUGCCCCAUCAUCUUCUUCUGCCGGAACAACGGCUACGCCAUCUCCACACCCACCUCCGAGCAGUACCGGGGGGAUGGCAUCGCGGCACGAGGCCCCGGCUACGGCAUCAUGUCCAUCCGCGUGGACGGCAACGAUGUGUUCGCCGUGUACAAUGCCACCAAAGAGGCCCGGCGACGAGCUGUGGCCGAGAACCAGCCCUUCCUCAUCGAGGCCAUGACCUACAGGAUCGGCCACCACAGUACAAGUGACGACAGCUCGGCGUACCGCUCCGUGGACGAGGUGAACUACUGGGACAAGCAGGACCACCCCAUCUCCAGGCUGAGGCACCAUCUGCUCAGCCGCGGCUGGUGGGACGAGGAGCAGGAGCGGGCCUGGCGGAAGCAGUCGCGCAAGAAGGUGAUGGAGGCCUUCGAGCAGGCAGAGCGGAAGCUGAAGCCCAACCCCAACCUGCUCUUCUCCGACGUGUACCAGGAGAUGCCCGCCAGGCUCCGCAAGCAGCAGGAGGCCCUGGCCCGGCACCUGCAGGCCUAUGGGGAGCAUUACCCACUGGACCACUUUGACAAGUGAGGCCUCCUGUGCACAGUGGGGAGGGCUGGCCAGCCCCCCCCAACGGACUCAGUGGGGAGGCCCCCAGCCAGCCAAACACCGCCUCUGCAGCCUGUCUCAUCCCUGCUCUUCCAGGCUGGGCCACUUGGGGGCAGUGUUUGCAGCGGUUCCUAGGCUAGCCUGUUACAGUGCCUUCCCCAGGGGCCGGGCCAGGGCCUUGGCCCGGAAGCCCCUGUUUAUCAGGGCUGGCCUCGGGCACAGCUCUGGAGCUUGCCUGGUGAGAGCUGGUCAGCAGAUUGAAUAAACUGACAACAGUUGGUU